CGUCACUCAGCAGGUCACGCAGCUGGUCGCGGGGCUGAAACCUCCUCGCCCGUCAACUCCCGCCCUUGCAACUCCCGCCCGCCGAGCGCGAUUCGCAUCACCCACCCCUCUGUCCCAGCCAGCCUUCCCUUCGCCCGGGCCGGCCAGAGGCGACAAUGUCCGCGUAUGGACACCAGCAGAUGGCGUCCCAUCCGGGGCAGCGACACCAUCACGGCGGCGGCGGCCACGGUCCCGUCAUGGCCGCCCCCGGUGUCGUGGCCCCCGCGGGCACCUUCUCGCCGGGUACCAAGAUCCAGGUCGGCAGCCACCGCGUCGUCAUCCAAAAAUAUCUCUCCGAGGGCGGCUUCGCCCACGUCUACGUCGUCAAGAUGCCCAAGCCCGUUGACGGCACCGACGUCGCUGUCCUCAAGCGCGUUGCCGUCCCCGACAAGGAGGCCCUGCGCAGCAUGCGCACCGAGGUCGAGACCAUGAAGCGCCUCAAGGGCCACCGCCCCAUCGUCACCUACAUCGACUCCCACGCUUCCGAGAUGCGCGGCGGCGGCGGCUACGAAGUCUUCCUCCUCAUGGAAUACUGCAACGGCGGCGGCCUCAUCGACUUCAUGAACACGCGCCUCCAGCACCGCCUGACCGAGCCCGAGAUCAUCAACAUCUUUGCUGACAUUGCCGAGGGUGUCGCCUGCAUGCACUACCUGAAACCCCCGCUGCUGCACCGCGACAUCAAGGUGGAAAACGUCCUCAUCACCUCCAAGGGCUCCUCGAAGCGUUUCAAGCUCUGCGACUUCGGCUCCGCUGCCCCUCCGCGCCCCGCGCCGACCACCGUCGUCGAAUGCCGCCAGAUGGACGAGGACGUCCAGAAGCACACGACGCUGCAAUAUCGAAGCCCCGAAAUGAUAGACGUCUAUAGAAAGCAGCCCCUGAACGAAAAGUCGGACAUCUGGGCGCUGGGCGUCCUUUUGUAUAAGCUCUGCUACUACACGACCCCUUUUGAGGACCAGGGCCAGCUCGCGAUCCUCAAUGCCAGCUUUCGAUAUCCCAGCCAUCCCAUCUUCUCCGACAGGUUAAAGAAACUCAUUGCCUCAAUGCUGCGCGAGAAGUUGGACGAUCGGCCCACCAUCUAUCAGGUCCUCAAAGAAGCAUGCUCUAUGCAGGGCAGACAGGUCCCCAUACAAGAUAUCUAUACCGGAAGGUCAAAUACGGAAUCACGAUCCGGUCAGCGGACGUCGAGAGAGCUGAAACCAAAGUCCCAAGCCGUUGGUGCCGUAUAUUCACCGCCAGUGCAGGAGCAACAGGCCAUUCCAAACGUGGUGCCAAUGAGGAGAGGCCGUCCGACGCCUUCACCAGGACCCACGAGCAGCACGCAAAAGCCCAACUCAUCGCCGCAAAAGGUUACCGAGGGGGACCCUUUCGCCGCCCUGGACUCGAAGUCGACUCAAAAGCUUGAAGGCGACGAACUGUCAUCCAAGUUUCCGACUCUGGAUCAAUUUUCCCUGCUCCACGACCAUGGAAGCAAGUUCAACUUUGACUCUUCCACGGCAUCUCCGCCGCCACCGGUGCCGGCCAAGGACCCGAACAAUAGACUGGCCGAGAAGCUUGCCGAUGCCGCUUUUGCAUCUUCUCGAAACAGUCCCGCAAAUACAAUGCCGACUGUUCGGCCCCACUCUGUCACGCCGACCAUACCGCGUCAAGCUCUCACCUCACCACCGAUCGAUAGACCACCGUCGAGCUCUUCUACAGCCAGGCACCAGGCCGACGUGAGCAAAGCACAGUCCAUAAUCAGCAGCAAUCCAGAUCUUCAAGCCAUCUCCGGCCAAGCUGCGUCAAAAUAUGUGUCAACGGGCACAAUGACAACUGAUCUGUCACCUUCAACUUCACGGCCGGCCGAGCUUGGGACGACACAACGUUCUACUGAGAGCAAGCAAUCGUCGACCCUCCAUCGCCCGGCACAUCUUCGUCGGCCGUCACUAUCAUCUAGACCCUCGCUGGAAGACAAUAGGGCUCAAGCCACAAAGGCUGAGUCUGCCAUGCGAUCCAAUGCGUUUGCAGGCCGGCCGAGGCCGGCCAGUACCAACUUCGAAUCCAGCACACUCGAGUUCUUGCGGGACAGGGAGGCCUCAAAAGCUCAAGGCAGGAUGGACCGGACGUCAUCCAACGGCUCGUCGCACAAGCCGAUGUCUAGCGUAUCGGCAAUCCCACGUUCCAGUAACGAUCAAAAAGUCACAGCUCACUCGGGGCCAUUGAUUGAUGCGGAUGGGUCGGAUUCAGAUGGUCUACGAGCGGAUGUAGUCUCCAAACGCUCCAGCCUUCCUCCGAGCCCGGCUCCGAAGAAGCUGGCCGGCAAAUUCGGCGAUGCCUUCCAGCGUUUCGAGAGUACUUCUCCCGCGAACAAUGGCUUAGGCCAACGAGCAGCAUCACCACUCAAGGAGACCGCCAGGAGAGAUCUGACUCCCAUCGCUGGCUCUGAGAUAACCGAUGAUCGCAGUGACGACGGUCUCAUCGACCUUGAUGACGACAUGACCCCCGAAAUGAGGCGCGACGCCGAACGGCGCAAGCUGGAGGAGGAAGAGCGGCGGGUUGCUGCGGCACAACGAGAAUACAAGAACCGUGUCGCCGGCGGCAGCUCUAAGCCCGUCCCGGGACCCAAGAAGGCCAGCAUCCAGAGCCGGGUUCAGAGCUUGUUAGACGAGGAUCAGCGGCGGCCCUCGCAUGUACAAAGGACCGCAGAGGGUUACGGGAAGUAUUCUGAUGCUGCAACGGCAGCGAGCAAGGUGGAAAAGCCGACGCCCGCGGUGCCACGGAAGCCCCUCACGAUAUCGAGGGCGGUGGUCGACGCGAGAGCGCAUGACACAAGGUCCGAACCUCUGUCCCGGGUGCAGUCUGCUGGCGCGGCGUCGGCUCCAGCCACCAUUGAUUCAAGGGCAACCGGGAGCAAGCCAGCGGCACCCAAGAAGCCGGGCCAUCUGAAUAAGUUUGCGACUGGAGCGAGGCCUCCAUCGCCAGUGAAAAGUACCCAACCGUCCCAGCUCGAACGCUUGAUAGCAGCCGAUUUGCCUGGACAGCCGGUCCUGGAGAUGUCGGCGCAGGAAAAGGACGAUUACAUUGAGGACUUUGCAAAGCGGUUCCCGAGCUUGAGCAAGAUGGAGAUGGACGCCGUCAGCGGUGGCGGUAGCGGCGCAGUUCGGCGAUGAGCAAUCUUUGCCAAUACAUAGUCCACAAGAUACAUCAGUUUCAUAGCCAAUGCGACCAAGAGACAUGUAUAAAUUGAAG